AUGCUGUUGCGUUGCCCUGCUGGCGCGCUUCUGGAGGCGUACUGCCUUAUCUGUCUUCGUUCAGUUCGUGCCUUUGCGCGCGGAGUCCACAAUGUGGACUACUGUUUUAGUGCCGCGGGGUCCAAGAAGUACAAUUAUUACACUCAGCAGAAAGAGAAGUGCUCCCCUGUUCCGGAGUACGUCGAGGCCGAGUUCGCCGUUUUUCUCGCGGCGAUGGACCUGGUGGCUGCUGCCUGCUAUGGUGACGAGCCGGAGGACGACUGGUACGCUGCUAAGCAGCGUCUCGAGUCCGCCGCCUUGGAUCUGGCUCGCUAG